AUGGCCAUUCUAGAAACAGUGCACUCAGUCGAUGUCUCGACAGUGCAGAACUGGCUUGCGCAGCACCCUGGCGGCAUCAGUCUGCAGCUCCAGCUUCCAAAAACUACAAUGCCAGCAGUUGAGGAUACAGCGACACUCCUGAGCGCUUUGACGCUACAGUGCAGCAAACUGCAAACACUGCAGCUUCCUGGAAAUCGGAUCGGCGAUCAAGGAGCCCGGCUCUUACACUGCAACCUCAACCAAGUUUGA